AUGAAGGACCUGAUCAUCACAACCUACGAGACCCUCACGAGCACAGAGGAGUUCUUCCAGCGCCAGGUGUGGUCGGUGAUCGUCUUGGACGAAGCGCAGCGCAUCAAGAACGAGGGCACGCGCAUCCGAGAGUCCCUCAACGGCAUCCAGUCUGCAAGCCGUGUGCUGUUGACAGGGACCCCCCUGCAGAACAAUAUGAUGGAGCUGUUCGCGCUCCUGCGCUGGCUAUGGCCAGACGUGCUGUCCGAGGGCUCGGAGGCGUUCGCCAACGCCGUGCAGUUCACCGGAGGCGACCAGCAGCCGCUCGACUUUGACACUGCCGCUGCUGGUGCGCAGGUGGACACGGAGCAGGUUGAGAAGAUUCAGCUCCUGCUGGGGUUGCUGAUGUUGCGGCGUAGGAAGGAGGACGUGAUCACGUUGCCUCCGAAGGCGCUGCGCGACAUCUGGCUGCCCAUGACGCCCUGCCAGGUGUCCUGGUACAAAACUCUGCUGCGAUGCCGCACGGAGGUGCAGGCCAUCGGCCUCCGCGCGCUGCUGAAGCUGAUGGUGCGGCUGCGGCAGCUGAGCGGCCACCCCCGGUGCCUGGCGUACAGCCAGGCCGACCGCGAGGGGUUCCGCGGGUCUACCGCCACAGCCUCGUCCCCAGUCAUGGGCUCGCCGGCCGACAAUGGGGAUGCGCUCGCUCAGAUCAUGGCCAGGUUCAAUGCUGUCGAUCAGGGACUUGCUGAAUGCAAGAUGCUCAGCGAGAGGGUCCAGGCCAACGAAGCCAGGAUGGCCCAGUUCGAGGAGAGCACCAACAGAAGCUUCGCCGAGUUACACUCAAAGAUUGACGCCAUGCACACAGGCGUCCCCACUGAAAAGGCCGACAUCCUCGACAAGCUGCAGGAACAGGUGACCACGCUGAGCUCGCAGCUGAUGCAGACGCAGUUCGAGGCGCACUACUCAGUCCUCAAGUCGAAUCUCCCAUCGGAGCUGGCGUCCAAGGUGACGCCGAAAUUCCAGAAUUUCAAGUACUCGUACGCAAUCGAUUUCGAGAACAAGGCCCAGGCUGACAGCUGCUGGGGCCACUUCAAAGGCAUUGCGAUGAAAUGGAUCGACCCGCGUACAUCGCAAACCCACGACCUUCGGCUCGGCAAGGACCAGCCAUUGCCUGUCAGGCACAAGGCCUACGCCCUGGGUCUCGCCUACAACAUCAUCCAGGCCGAGAUGAAGAGUAAGAUGUUGUGGAACGCAUCCUCCAUGAAGCUCGGCACCAACCCAUUCCAAGGCAUCCUCUACUUGAUGGAGAACGGCGACCCAUACGAGAUGGUCAAGCUGAAGGAGGUGAACGGCAACGGCGAAGGGCGCUUCGAGAUCGACGUAGACGCCAUGAGCUUCAAGCACUUCCAUCUGGAGGAAUCGUUCACGAACGGGAUCUCGGACCGUGUCCAGGCGCUGCUGGCGGAGUAG